CUUCCGGUGUGUUCAUGGAAAAAGAACCUUCGCAUCGCAACCGGCAGGCGCUCCUAAAAAUAAAACGUUUGGACCGUGACACUUUUUAAACAAAUUUUAUGUUCCCAUUUAGGCGAUAUCAAUUUGUUUAAACUCCGCCAUUCAAUAUUUGUCACUCCCGGCACUCUGACACGUUUGCUCGCACCGCUAGCCUCGUUAGCUGGCGUUAGCUUGGCGUCACUUCCUACGUUUGAAAUCCGCGGCCAGAAACAAAAGUUGUCCAAAGUGUGAUGGAACUACAAGUCGGAUCAGAACCCAUGACUCUGGGCUCCCCCACGUCCCCCAAGCCCACCCUGGGCGCCCAGUUCCUCCCAGGGUUCUUGAUGGGCGACCUGCCUGCACCUGCAAGCCCGCAGCCCCGCCCCUUCAGCCUGUCCACGCCCAUUUUGGAGAGCACAAGUGCCCUUAAAGGAAGCUCCACCCCACAGCCUGUAGUCCACACCCCGAAGGACAAAAGCGGAGCCCCGCCCAUUCGCAGCAUCCACGACGAGCUGGUUACUGCGGGAACGCCUCUGAGCGCCAACAGGCAGUCUUUUCCCAUCAUGCACUCCCCAGCGUUGGCCCGCCAGGCGUCCACUCCAGGUGUGCAGCAGUUGUGCAUGUCUCCAGCUCAGGUGGACCCCUUUUACAGUCAGGGGGAGGCUCUGUCCUCUGAGGACCAGCUGGACCAGACCUGGGUCACCGUCUUUGGUUUUCCUCCUGCCUCUGCAUCCUACAUUCUCCUGCAGUUCGCUCAGUAUGGAAACAUCCUCAAACACACGAUGGCGUCUCCUGGCAACUGGAUGCAUCUUCAGUAUCAGUCCUGGCUGCAGGCCAGGAAAGCCCUGUCCAAGGACGGGAAAGUCUUCGGAGACGCCAUCAUGGUGGGCGUCAAACCCUGCAUCGACAAGAGCGUGAUGUUGGAAGCCAGCGAGGUCGCCGCCUCUCCUCGCCGCAGCUCCGCCCUCCCCUCCACCCCGUGCUCCGCCUUCCGGCCGCUCAGCGCCACCUACAGGACCUCGGGCAGCGACUACCAGGUGGUGGCGGACAGACAAACCCCCAGGAAGGACGACAGCUUGGUUUCCAAAGCAAUGGAGUACAUGUUUGGUUGGUGACAUCAUCAUGACUUCAUCAUGACAUCGCUGCUGAUGAUUGGAUG